AUGGCAGAACAGAUUUUCGUGCCGAGUGAUCUGUGCCCCGUCUACGCACCCUUCUUCUCCGCCCUCGGCUGCAUCUCCGCCAUAGUCUUCACCUCCUUCGGCGCCGCCUACGGCACCGCCAAAUCCUCCCUCGGCACCUUCUCCGCCGGCAUAAUCCACCCAUCCCUCGGCGUCCGCGCCCUCCUCCCCACCGUCUUCAGCGGCAUCCUCGCCAUCUAUGGCCUUGUCACCGCCGUGCUGCUCGCCAACCACAUCCAGCUCGACCUCCCGCUGUACACGGCGCUGGUCAAUCUGGGCAGCGGGUUGUCCGUGGGGCUCUGUGGGCUUGCGGCCGGGUUUGCGAUUGGGAUUGUUGGGGAUGUGGGGAUUAGGGGCACGGCGAUGCAGCCGAAGUUGUUUGUUACUAUGGUUUUGAUACUGAUCUUUGCGGAGGUGCUGGGGUUGUAUGGACUUAUUGUGGCGCUGAUCACGGAUACGAGGGCCAAUUUGGUGAGUAAUAAGGUAUGUUAUGCGCGGCUGUAG